CAGAUAGCCUGGGCAACCAGCCUUGCAGAGCCGGGUCUCUGGUGUAAAGCUCUCAGUUCCUGCAGAAAAGCUGGUUCCUGUGAGUCUGGUUUCGGAGGGUCAAGGCAGAGGUCGCCAGAGUUUUGGGGAGAAGAAAGUUAACAACAUCCUUCCUUUUUGCAGAUGGUCAUGGCACAGGUCGCUAUUUUUCGCUGGGCCCCCUUUGCUGGUCAUUGAGAGAAUAGGCUUCCUAGUCCCUGUAUCCUUUCUUACUAAUAGGAAUUGGCAUGAUUCCUCACAGACAUAGAGAUUUCCUCUGCUGAGUAAGCCUGAGGCCCCUGAACUUGGGAAAGCAUCAUCCAGACCGUGGGAGUCAGUGUGUGCGUGCAGUGUGAAGUCCCUUCUCCCUCCGGUUUUUUGGGAACACUUCCCUCGGGUGAAACUGAACUUAUUAUUAUUAUUCUUUUUUCAAACGCCAGGUGAGAAGCGGAGAGGGACAUGGGGGGAACUGAGGUGGUUGCCUGGAGUGUGUGAGGGCUGACAUUUCGGGACCUCGACUAGUUCCUAUCCAGGGAAAUUCUUUUGUAUAUUGGGGAUGUUACUGCUCUUGCUUUUCUUGAGAGAUUCUUCAGAAUCUAGCUGGGAGUGUGGAACAGCCUUUAUUCACUCUGAGUUCGGCUUCGUGCUGGCAAGAACUGGCUCUCGGUGUGCUCAGCUUGGUCUCAGCAGUGCCCACCUAUAAACAGUGCAAUGCUUAAGGAUAAUAAAAGGGAAAUAUUGAGAAUUCCCUGUGUGGGGAAAUAGGGCCUGGAGAUGAGAAUGCGUACAUAGUCCGGCUUUCGGCUUUCUGUGGAAUUUGAGACAAGAGCAGACCAGAGUUUCUCUCUCAGUGAGUCGGUUUCUCUUGAGCUGCAUUGUUCUUUGAACCCUUGUGUACGACUUGAGCUAAACAAAUCCCAAAGAAAGGCAGAGUCCCUGUGUCUUGGGCUUGGAGUCUAAACAGCAGAUCACAGCUGAAAUGAUUCCCCACUGUGUAACAAGCAGAGUCUCCUUGGAGGGGACAUGGAUAUGGGCAAUCCAGGAACCCUUUCGCCCACCAAACCUGGCUCCCAAUACUAUCAGUAUUCUAGCAAUAACACCCGGCGGAGGCCUCUUCACGGUAGUGCCAUGGAGGUGCAGACAAAGAAAGUCCGAAAAGUUCCUCCAGGUUUGCCCUCCUCAGUCUACGCUCCUUCAGCCAGCACCGCCGACUACAACAGGGACUCGCCAGGCUAUCCUUCCUCCAAACCAGCGGCCAGCACUUUCCCUAGCUCCUUCUUCAUGCAAGAUGGCCAUCACAGCAGUGACCCUUGGAGCUCCUCCAGUGGAAUGAAUCAGCCUGGCUAUGGAGGAAUGUUGGGCAAUUCCUCUCAUAUUCCACAGUCUAGCAGCUACUGUAGCCUGCAUCCACAUGAACGUUUGGUAAGGGCGGCUCACGGGGAUGGGAGCUACCCAUCCCACUCCUCAGCAGACAUCAACUCCAGUCUUCCGCCGAUGUCCUCGUUCCAUCGCAGCGGCACAAACCAUUACAGCACCUCCUCCUGCACUCCGCCUGCCAACGGGACCGACAGCAUCAUGGCAAAUAGAGGAACUGGGGCAGCAGGCAGCUCCCAGACUGGAGACGCUCUGGGAAAAGCCCUGGCUUCGAUCUAUUCUCCAGAUCACACUAACAACAGCUUUUCAUCGAAUCCUUCAACUCCUGUUGGCUCCCCUCCUUCGCUCUCAGCAGGCACAGCUGUUUGGUCCAGGAACGGAGGACAGGCCUCAUCAUCUCCUAAUUAUGAAGGACCCUUGCACUCCUUGCAAAGCCGGAUUGAAGACCGCUUAGAGAGACUGGAUGAUGCAAUUCAUGUUCUCCGGAAUCAUGCAGUGGGCCCGUCCACAGCUGUGCCUGGUGGCCAUGGGGACAUGCAUGGGAUCAUCGGACCUUCUCAUAAUGGAGCAAUGGGUGGCCUGGGCUCAGGGUAUGGAACUGGCCUUCUUUCAGCCAACAGACAUUCACUCAUGGUUGGGGCCCACCGUGAAGAUGGCGUGGCUCUUCGAGGCAGCCAUUCUCUCCUGCCAAACCAGGUUCCGGUUCCACAGCUUCCUGUCCAGUCUGCCACUUCCCCUGACUUGAACCCACCCCAAGACCCUUACAGAGGAAUGCCACCAGGUCUCCAGGGCCAGAGUGUGUCUUCUGGCAGCUCCGAGAUCAAAUCCGAUGACGAGGGAGAUGAGAACCUGCAAGACACAAAAUCAUCUGAGGACAAGAAAUUAGAUGACGACAAGAAGGAUAUCAAAUCAAUUACUAGGUCAAGAUCUAGCAAUAACGAUGAUGAGGACCUGACCCCAGAGCAGAAGGCAGAGCGUGAAAAGGAACGGAGGAUGGCUAACAAUGCCCGAGAGCGCCUGAGGGUCCGUGAUAUCAACGAGGCUUUCAAGGAGCUGGGCCGCAUGGUGCAGCUCCACCUGAAGAGCGACAAGCCACAGACCAAGCUCCUGAUUCUCCACCAGGCCGUGGCUGUCAUCCUCAGCCUGGAGCAGCAAGUGCGAGAAAGGAAUCUGAACCCGAAAGCUGCCUGCCUGAAAAGAAGGGAGGAAGAGAAAGUGUCCUCAGAGCCUCCCCCUCUGUCCUUGGCUGGUCCACACCCUGGGAUGGGAGACGCAGCGAAUCACAUGGGACAGAUGUGAAAGGGUCCAAGUUGCCACCUUGCUUCAUUAAAACAAGAGACCACUUCCUUAACAGCUGUAUUAUCCUAAACCCACAUAAACACUGCUCCUUACCCCCUUUUUUUGUAAUAUAAGACAAGUCUGAGUAGUUAUGAAUCGCAGACGCAAGAGGUUUCAGCAUUCCCAAUUAUCAAAAAGCAGAAAAACAAACAAAAAAAAUGAAAGAAAGAAAGAAAGAAAAAAAGUGCAACUUGAGGGGCGACUUCUUUAACAUAUCAUUCUGAAUGUGCGAAGCGGUAUGUACAGGCUGAGACACAGCCCAGAGACUGAAUGGCAAUCCUUCCACACUGUGGAGCAAUGCAUUUGUGCCUAAACUUCUUUUGGAAAAAAAAAAUAUAAUUAAUUUGUAAGUCUGAAAAAAAUAUUUAAUUUAAAAAAAAAUUGUAAACUUGCAAUAAUGAAAAAGUGUACUUCUGAAGAAAACGACAUGAACGUUUUUGUUGGUAUUCAAGUCAGCUAGUGUUUCUAAUGACCGGAUAUUGGAUAGGGGAAGCCCGGCUACCCUCAUAACAAAACCAGCAAACGUCCUGAUGGCAACCAAGUGAUGACAUUAGCCAUUCCUUAGGGUAGGAGGGACAGAUGGAUGUUAUAGACCUAUGACAAAUAUAUAUAUAAAUAUAUAUAUAAAUAUAUAUUAAAAAUUUAGUGACUAUGGUAAGCUUUUGUUCAUUUGUUUCAGACUUUUUUCUCCUGUAAAAAAAUAGUACUGAUUAACUUUUUUAAAAGAAAGAUUUUACUGUAAAUAUGGAAUUUUUUUUUGUCUGAUUUUUGUCCCUUUCCCCAGUUUGUUAUCGUAACCUGUAGUGCCAACUCUGCUUCCGGAGGGGCGGUGCAGGACGGAGUGCUGACCCUGAUGUUGCUUCUCAUUCAUAAAUAGUAGAAAGUUGUUUCUCCAGUCUUUUGGGAACACAGGACUUAAAAAAUCACAUCAUGUGUAGAAAUUACAUGCAGCAUUGCCCAGGCAAGGCAAAAAAGAGUUUGUCCGGCUUGUGGCGCUGCCCUUGCGACCCUCUCCUGGGAUUUUCAGAGGUACACGGUUAGAAUGCUACAAUGUUACCACUGUGCCUUCCAAUGUUUAUAUCAUCGGAAACAUAACAUAAUCAAAGUGGCUGUGAUUUAACAAAACGAUUCAAGUGUUACCUACCUGUGUAGCCGAAGUAGUGUGCAGUGAGGCGUUUCUGAAUACAUGGUCAGAUUUUUGGAAAAAAUACAAAAACUUUAAAAAAAAAAAAAAAAAGAGUCAAGUUCAAAAACCGUCAAAUGAGAAAAUUGCAAGUAGUGUGACCAAGCUGAUUGAUUUUGUUGCUUUCUUUCUUUCUUUCUUUCUUUCUUUCUUUUUUUUUCAAAAUGGGUUUACUAAAAAGUAGAUGACUUACUUGCCUCCUCCUUCGUCUGAAAAAUGCCAACCAAUCAUGCAGCAUUAUAACAAGCCUUAUAAGUCCUGAAGCAUUAAGUUGCACUUUUAUGAGGAGGGGUAGUGCAGUAUUCUCUGGCCAGUAUGAAUGAAGUUUAUACUUAACAUUUGAUAGAAACAUAGAUCAAACUAUGGCACAGCAACUCAUCAGAUAGCUAGCGUUGACUCUGGGCACAAUUGAACCAAUUCCCAUCCGAAAUCUUCCUAAUGGUUGACUUUGGUGUGUAGUGCAGUAAACAGUAGUGCUUCUUCUUAAGCAUCUGUCAGCAUCCUUUCGUCUCUAACUGGUUUCUAUUUUUACAGCCACACAAUCUUGGCAUGUAUUAAGAAAAAAAAAUCCCUGUUGAAGUAGUUUUUUCCACCUAUCAGCACUGAGUAAAUGCCAUAAAUCCAUGGAAAUGGUCUAAAUGCCCCAUCCGUUGUCCUGUUUUACCAGUUACGUAGUGAUGAAACACAUUUGUAAAUUUUAUGCAACCAAUGGCAAACCUAUCAUUAUUUUGAAACUGUGUAUGUAAAAGUUAUAUUUUUACAUGUAGACUCUUGUUAUUAUGUGUUUUAAUACAUUGUAUCAGGUUUUUUGUUUUUUUGCUUUCUAAACUGUGUGGUUUUUUUUUUUUUUAAAGUCAUUUAAAUGAAAUAGUGAGCUACAAGAAUCUGAAAUUUAUGUUCAUUUCCGAAAAUGUAA